GAAAAUGGUGGCAUUAGGGGAAAUCUGUGAAUGUAAUAACCAAAUUCGAUCAUUAAAUGUGUAUUGUCUGAAGGGGCGGUGGAGAAAGCGCGUAUAAGUGUCCUUUGUCUUGUAAUGUAAAGAAUUACUAUGCAAAAAAAAAAAGCCCCGUCUCUAUGGUCAAAUUUCUCUCUGUUACUCUGUCGUGGUUUUAUGCACUUGUGCACCACUAUAUAUAUCUCCCAUUUGCUAUCGACCUCUCCACUGCAUCAUCACAUUCAUUCUCUUCUCUUCUCUUCUCUUCUUCUUCUUCGUUCUCCUACAAAGCUAAUCCAUCCAAUCAUCUCUCAAAUUCUUUCUAUUAUCCUCUGCAGCUCUUUCUUUCCUCUUUCUCUCACUCACUGCUUGAUUUGCACAUCUCUAUUUGUUGAAGAAACUAUACCAAAAAUGAGGCUAUUGUCUAGAAAAGCCACGUGCAACACUCAUGGCCAAGAUUCUUCUUACUUCCUCGGAUGGGAGGAAUACGAGAAGAACCCAUACGAUGAGAUCAAGAAUCCAACAGGGAUCAUUCAGAUGGGUCUCGCUGAGAAUCAGCUCUCCUUUGAUAUUCUCGAGUCAUGGCUAGCCAAUAAUCCUGACGCUGCUGGGUUCAAGAAAGAUGGGCAAUCCAUAUUUAGAGAGCUUGCACUCUUUCAAGAUUAUCAUGGUCUCCCUGCUUUCAAGAAAGCAUUGGUUGAUUUCAUGGCAGAAAUAAGAGGAAACAGAGUAUCUUUUGAUCAAGAUAAGAUAGUUCUCACUGCUGGUGCAACUUCUGCGAAUGAGACCCUCAUUUUUUGCCUUGCUGAACCCGGCGAAGCCUUUCUUCUUCCAACUCCAUACUACCCUGGAUUUGAUAGAGAUCUUAAGUGGAGAACUGGGGUUGAGAUUGUGCCAAUUCAAUGUACAAGCUCAAAUGGCUUCCAAAUUACUGCACCAGCUCUUGAAGAGGCUUAUCUAGAAGCCCAAAAACGCAACCUGAGGGUUAAGGGUAUCUUGGUCACAAACCCCUCAAAUCCAUUAGGCACUACAAUGAGCCGAAGUGAAUUGAACCUUCUUGUUAACUUCAUUACUUCUAAAGGCAUUCAUCUUAUCAGCGAUGAAAUUUAUUCUGGCACUGCGUUCAGUUCACCAGGCUUUGUGAGUAUCAUGGAAGUGUUGAAAGAUAAGAAAUGCGAGAAUACUGAAGUUUGGAAAAGAGUUCACGUUGUUUACAGUCUUUCAAAGGAUCUUGGCCUCCCUGGUUUUCGAGUUGGUGCAAUUUACUCCAACGAUGAGUUGGUUGUAUCCGCAGCCACUAAAAUGUCUAGCUUCGGUUUAGUUUCUUCUCAAACACAAUAUCUUCUCUCUGCUCUUCUCUCCGACACCAAGUUUACCAAGAACUAUCUUUCAGAGAAUCAAAGAAGGCUUAAAGAGCGACAAAAGUUGCUCGUCAAGGGCCUCGAAAAAGCAGGUAUCAGCUGCCUUAAGAGCAAUGCUGGCUUGUUUUGCUGGGUUAACAUGAAGCAUCUUUUGAGAACAAACUCAUUCGAAGCAGAAAUGGAACUCUGGAAAAAGAUUGUUUAUGAUGUUAAGUUAAAUAUCUCUCCUGGUUCUUCUUGCCAUUGCACCGAGCCAGGGUGGUUCCGAGUAUGCUUCGCUAACAUGUCCGAAGAAACUCUAAACCUGGCUAUGAAGCGAUUGAAGUCAUUUGUCGACUCCACGACCAUGACCAGUAGCCACCAUCAGAUGUUGAAAAAUUCAAGAAAAAGGUCUCUCACCAAGUGGGUUUUACGGUUAUCAUUCCACGACGACCGUGAGCCAGAAGAACGAUAGUCCGGUGUGUUCAUGUCAAAUGUGAACCCGUAUACAGAAGAAGUCCAUUAUUUUUUUUUGUCCUCCAUAAUAUUUUUGGUGGAUAAUUUUCUUUUCCAUUUUUCCUUUUUGUAAUUUAGAAAAAGUGCACUCAGAUCCAUCUAUGCAUAUGGAUCUCGAAGUGGCUGUAAAACUUUAUGAUCGUUUCAGUCGUUGUAAAACUCUGUGUCAAUCUUGUCUAGCAUGAAAAAUAUUCUCAGAAAUUCUUCGAACCAUAUAUAUGAUAAUAUGAUCAUAAGUUGACAUGUUAUUAUUAAUUGAAAAAAUAA